CCCUGAAAUAAGGGGUUUUUAUUCAAGUUCCCUUCGCGAUUUUGCUCAAAACAUUACGAGAAUCAAACUUAAAAAAGAAUGCAUUCUGCAAUGGACAAUUCUUCAGACACACAAGAAAGAUUGUAUAAGAUGCUUGAGAAGUUGCAGUCUUUAGCUCGAGAAAUUCCACCUAAGUACCAACAACGUCUACCAUAUGAUUUACUCUCAUCUUUGGCCCACGUAUUACUUGACAACACAGUUUUCGAGAUAGUAAGAGAACUUGCAGAACUUCAGCAUAUGACAGAGAAAAGUUUACACCAGCAACGCACUCAGCUGAUGCACAAACACAAGACUGAUCGAGAAGCUCUGAUAAAAUCCCAGAAGGAUGAAAUCCAAGCAGCAGAGUGCCAGGGAAAGACCCACGUCGCCUCUCGCCUGCCAAGGUUACACCAGGAACAGAUAACACAACUAGAUGCCCGUCAUGCACAAGAGAUAUCCACCAUGCAUGUGCGGAUUCUUCAGUUGUUGGAUCAGAAGGUAACAGAGCAACAGUCAACAUUACAACAGGUUGGUGUACCAGGUUUUCAUGAAACAGAAAACCCUGUGGAAAUUAAGAUCCAGAUGUAUAUAAUGGAUUUUAUAGUUAAAAUUGGUGGCAUUAAGAUACCCUGAUAGUUAUUGUAAAAUAGUCUUUGUAAUUUCUGCAACAGGAGUUCAGUUUUGAUAUUGUUUAUUUAUUUAACAUUGUUAUAUAUAUUGACAAUUUAAAGUAUAUGAAUGGUUAUUAAAUAUUAUUUUAACUAC